UCAUUUACAUAAUUACAUUUUAAAAACAGUGGCGGCUGGUCAAUAGGGGGCGCUGGGGCGCCGCCCCCCCUUCAAGUUAGCCUACUUUAAUAUGUUAAUAUUUAUUAUCACAAAUAUUAACAAAAUACAUUGAUUUAAUGAUAACACUCUACAGUUAGUCAUACUAACAUUUAUUGAAAAUAAAAAAAAUGUAUGAACAAUAUUUUUUCAUAUGUGUGCGGGGCGCCGGACUAAUGAGUGUCUAUGUAGAUACACAAACUUUUGCAAUACAUGUGAUAUGACAAAAAGCUCUAAUUGGCCCGUUUUAAAUUGUCCUUGGGGCGCAGCACUCUGCGCCCCGAACCCGCCCAUUUAUGUUGUCAGAACGAAUCAUAUUUGUUUUUAUAUGGUUGACCUUAUGUGAUUGGACCAUUCCCACUUGGACCUUUCACUUAGCAAGCAGCUCCUCAGUUAACUGACGACUAUUAAUCAUAGUGGAAGCAAGUGCAAUUUCUCGAAAUGAAGGAAAAUUCCGCUGUAUCUUUGCAAAGAUAUCCAUUCACAAGGCGUUUGGAUGAAGAAAAAAAAAGAAUCAAGGAGCUUGGACCAGAUCGACCUUCCUUGCAAAUUCAACAGCAGUCAAGUGAUCGUGGGCGCGCAUACACUCGGGGCUUUUCCAGCACUUGUUAUGACAAACGGAGCUGGCUGGCAGGUUGUGAUGUAAGUCAUGCCUUUUACUGUUUCCCGUGUUUGCUGUUUCAAAGUCCUGGCACCGAAACGUUGUGGACAACAACAGGGGUUCGCGAUUUAAAACACCUUUCUGAAAAGUGCAAGCGUCAUGAAAGUAGCCGAAGCCAUCUUGACAAUGCUAUGAGGCUCCAGUUUUUUGGGAAGCUUAGCAUUUUCCAACAGCUAGAUGAGGGCUACAGGAUUGGCAUUAGAAGCCACAAUGAAGAGGUUAGGAAAAAUAGACACAUCCUGUCUAGAAUAAUAGACUGUGUCAAAUUUUGUGGUGCGUUUGAGCUGGCUUUGCGUGGCCAUGAUGAGAGCGAGAGCUCGGAUAACCCCGGUAUCUUCCAUGGCCUGGUCGAUUUUGUUGCUUCCCUUGACGGAGUUUUAAAAGAGCACCUCGACAAUGCCACUGUGUUUAAGGGAACUUCAAAAAACGUGCAGAACGAGCUGUUGGACUGUAUGUUGUCUGUUGUGAGGGAAAACAUAAUUGAAGAGGCACAGAGCAGCAAAUUUCUCUCAAUCCAGGCCGACGAGACCACCGAUAUUUCCACACAGUGUCAACUUGUGCUUGUGUUGCGGUACAUUGACUCAAAAAACAACGUACAGGAGAGAUUUUUUGAGUUUAUUCCUCUGCGUUCAAGUACAGCUGAUUCCAUCUCCACAGUACUUAAAGAACGUCUUUCUGUCAUCCUUCCUGGGGAUCAAAAGAAUAAACUCAUCUCGCAAGCGUAUGAUGGAGCCAGCGUGAUGAGGGGUGCCACGGCAGGUGUUCAAAAAAAAAUCCAAGAUGUGUACCCAAAUGCCCAUUACAUCCACUGCUAUGCACAUCAACUCAACCUAAUAAUGCAACAGGCCACUUCUAACAUUUCCAAAGUGAGAAUUUUUUUUUCUGACCUUGGAGGAUUUUCCAGCUUUUUUUUAAGAUCACCCAAACGCUCAGACGUCCUUGAUAAAGUAGUGGCCCCAUAGACUACCAACAUCAAGCAAUGUUAGGUGGAAUUUCCACAGCCGUGCCAUCAAUAGUGUUUGAGCACAGAGAGGACCUCAUGCGCUGUUUUCAAACUAUUCGAGACUCGGGGGACUUUGACCCUGUUGCUGUCAGAGAGGCAGGAGCCUUUGCCAUGCUGCUGGAGAAUCAGGAUUUUAAUUUUUUCUUGCGACUUUUCCACAACAUCAUGCCACAUGUGGACAUCCUCUAUGCCAAACUCCAGAAGAAGGACAUCGAUUCAGUCCACAUCAGGGGGAGCAUCCAGCAAUUCCAGCAGGACAUACAGAAGAUCAGGUGGUUGCUGUUUUUUUGUUUUGGAUUUAUUAUGAUUAUUACUAAUAUUACUAUUAUUAUUCAUACACUUUCUUAUUCCUUUACAGACAUUCUCUCCUUUCCCUGGUUGACCAAUGCAGUGAAGGUGGUUUUCAACAGAAGAGGCGGCGGUCCCUCAGUCCAGAGGUUCAUGAACAGAUAGCAGCAGAAGUCUGUGAUACCAUACUCACACACACACUGGAGCGGUUCUCCUUCACAGACCACCUCGUUAGUGCCACAUUUCUGCAGGCAGACAGGUUUGAGCAGUAUACAGUAGCUUUUCCAGAAGAUGCACUUAGCAGGACUCUGAAAGCCUAUCCUGUGCUCGAUGGAAGUAAGCUAAAGACAGAGCUCAGUCUCAUCUACUCCAAGGAUGAGUUCAGAGCCUGUUGUGGUGCUUUGGACCUACUCCAGCUGUUUAUGGAGAACAAUCUUGAGGAAGUCUUUUCAGAGACUGUAACUCUCCUAAAGAUUCUGGUAACUACGCCUAUGACCACAGCAGAAGCUGAGAGGUGCUUCUCAACUUUGAAAAGAAUAAAAACUUUUCUGAGAAAUAGCAUGACCCAAGAGAGGCUGAAUGCAUUGGCCAUGCUGUCAAUAGAGAAGAGACUAGUGACUGAGAUGACUGACUUCAACCAAAAGGUCAUUGAGAAAUUUGCAAGCCAGAAAGAAAGGAGAGCAAAAUUUAUUUUCAAGUAGUGCUACUGGCCAGUGAUUAGGCAACAUCUAUGUGUGUCUGUGCGUGUGUUUAUUGAUUACUUCAUUACUGAUAAUAAACCUAAAUUGAA